AUGUCAUUUCAAAACAAAGUAUGUCAAAUUUAAAGCAAGAAAAUUGGUGGGAAACUCGUCAAUUGAUGAAUAUUUCUGAAACGUUUAGAAAUUUGAAAAGUUGUAAAUUUGAAAAUUUUAUUAAUCUUGCAAUAAUGGUUGAAUAGUGGGUCAAGAAUGUAAAUUAUUACGAAUUACGAAUUACAAGAGAUUCAGUCAAUUGAAUCACAAACAUUUACAUUUGGAGGUUUAAUAUAUAUCAAUUCGAUUUGGCAAGAUGAAAAUUCUAUCAAAUCGUGUGAGGUUAAUCAAAUUUUUCAAGUUCAAGAGUUACCCUGAUUUACAAGUGAAUUUACUAACAUGUUAUAAUAAAGAACUUAUACGACUUAUUAGGUAACGAUAUCGAAGAAGAUAACGUUCCUGUUGCUCCUGUUAGAGAAGUUGUUAAAAAAAACACUUCAUCAAAAAAAGCUGAUACUGCUCCACCAUCAGCUGAUCCAGCUAAAGCUAAAAAAAACAAAAAACCAGUUACUGGUAAUGAAGCUGCUUUAAAAAACAAAUCAGAUAAUAAAGAAAUUGCUGCUCCACAAUCAACUGCUACCAAACAUUAUAAAAAACCAUUUGAUCGUCAUUCAAGAACUGGUAAAACUGAUUCAAAAAAGAAAUUUCAACAAGGUUGGGGUGAAUCAGAUAAAAGAGAAUUAGAAGGAGAAGUUGAAGGCACUGAAGAUGCUGCUCAUGAUUUAGAAGCUGAAGCUGAAGAAAUUGAUUCAAGUGCUGAUGCAACUCCAAAGAAAACUUUUGAAGAAUAUUUAGCUGAACAAAAACAAAAACAACAAGAAUUAGAUGGUGCUAAAAAAAUUAGACAAGCUAAUGAAGGUGCCGCAGAGAAAUGGGAAUCUGAAGAAAAAAUUGAAAAACAAGAAGAAGUUUUCUUUGCUUCAACUGCUCAAAAGAAAACUAGAUCAAAACAAGCUAAAGAAAAGAAAUUUUUAGAAAUUGAAGCUUCAUUUGCUGAUGAAAAUGCUCCAUCAUUUAACAAAAACUCAAGAGGUGCUUUCAGAGGUGGUAGAGGUAAUUCAAGAGGUAAUUCAAGAGGUAACUCAAGAGGUAACUCAAGAGGUAAUUCAAGAGGUGGAAGAGGUGGUUUCAGAGGUGGUAAAUCUCAAGCUGAUAAACCAGAAGUUAACGAUAAAAACUUCCCAUCAUUGUAA